UGCGUUUGAAAGGGAUACGAGCUCUUUCAUUCAUACAAGGCCACAAGUAGUUCGUAGAUAUUUCUUCGUUUUUUCAAAAAACGCCACAGCGGAGGGGCGAACGAUACGUGAUCUUGUUUCUUCUUCCUUGCCGAUGUCGACUUCUCUGCCUCCUCAAAAGGGUCCUGUUCCAGCAAUGGCCAAUAUGCCGUCUCUGCAACCGACACACUUGCCUCCAGGUUCAGUCUCUGGUCCCGGCCAACCCUCCAUCCCCGCAAACCAAGGCGCCCUGCGCGAGAUUUCUCCCGUCUUGCUGUGUCGCAUUGGCCAGGAGACAGUGCAGGACAUUGUCACUCGUACUAUGGAAAUCUUUCAAAUCACAAGGGCUACUCAGUUGCCAAAUGGUGUGACUCAAAGUCAGGCAGCAUAUCAAGACCGCUUCAGUAAACUGCAGGAGCAUCUGCGUCAGCUGACCCUACUCUUCCGCAAACUCCGCCUGCUCUAUGAGCGCUGUAUAGAGAUGACCUCUGACCUUCAGGAGUCCCCUGCUGAGAUGGUGCCGUAUGUUGGGGGUGAGAUGCCUCCGGUGAGAGUGGAGCCCUGCAGUCCUACAGUGAGUCAGGACAGACAGCUGGUUAUAGAGAAAGUACAUCAGAAGAAUCAGGAGAUGAAGGUUCUAAUGGAGCAAAUGAGGAACCUCCUGUGGGACGUCAAUGCCAUGCUCAACAUGCGCAAAUGACCACAACACACUAUCUUUCCCUUCCGCAUUCAGGCUAUGUAGACUUCAUCGCCUUGCCCCAGCAGCCGCUUACGUCCUCACUGUUGCGCCCAUGGUGGGGCAGCUGAGGACAGCAGGCAGCCUGCAGAUGCCCGGCACUGUUAACACAUUGUAUUUACUCUCGAUUAAUGAGGUUUGACUCAUACAGCCUCGGGUGCAGAGCUCGCUUCAUUUACUGCAUUGAGUCUUGGCUGUGAUCUGUAACUUUCUGCCUUUGUGCACUGCACCAUUUUGCAUUAGCAAGGAUUUAGUAAUAUGAAUUCCAUGCCAAGCACGAGGACUGAUCCGGACUAAUCGCUAAAGGCAACACUGGGAAGCAUCUUGUGCUCCAGGCAUCCUGUGUGAACACCAGCAUAGAAUCUCUGGCCUUAAGUGUAGCAGUUGGAGUGAUGUGAUGUGAUUGCACAUCUGUAGCCUGGCAACUACGUUCUCAGGUGGAGCGAGUGACGUGUGUGUGUGUGUGUGUGUGUGUGUGUGUGUGUGUUUGUGUGUGUGUGUGUGUGUGUGUGUGUGUGUGUGUGUGUGUGUGUGUGUGUGUGUGACUGAGGGCAAAAUAAUGAAAGCUCUUUCUUUAGUACUGUAUACAAUUUCCUUCAGGGAAAUAAUUUUAUACGUAAUUCUUAAUAAUAAUAAUAAUAAUAA